CAUGGAGUGGUCUACAAGCUAUAGCUUCUCUGAUGAACCAAAAAUUUACCCUCUCGAACCGUCCGAAAAAGUGGAAACGUGCAAGAAACAACGCGGCAUGACGAUGGGUCAGAAAGUUAGCGGCGGCAUAAAGACCAUAUCACAAUCCCGACUUGACUCGGCGCCUUAUAAAACAAAUUCAGGUCCGAAUAAUAACAGAGCCGAACCAAGCACGGUAUCACCGCUUAAAACAGAAUUUCCUCGUCCGCCAAGAUUUGAUAUGUUGUUGGAUAUGCCGCCAGCCAAUUUUGAAACACAACUUAAACACGCUUGGAAUGCCGAUGAUAGGAGUUUGAACAUUUUCGUCAAGGAAGAUGACAAGUUAACGUUCCAUAGACAUCCGGUUGCUCAGAGUACAGAUUGCAUACGUGGCAGGUUUGGCUAUAGUCGAGGGUUACACGUAUGGCAAAUUCAUUGGUCGACUAGGCAACGGGGAACUCAUGCUGUUGUGGGUGUUGCUACGAAAGAUGCACCCUUACACUGUGUUGGUUACCAAUCUCUUAUUGGAUCGAAUAGGGACAGUUGGGGUUGGGAUUUGGGUAGGAAUAAGUUGUAUCACAAUACAAAAACAACGCCGGGAUCGACUUAUCCAACCGGCAGCGACGAUAACUUUGUAGUUCCAGACUCCUUCCAAGUGGUUUUGGAUAUGGAUGAUGGUACACUGGCUUUUGUUGUGGAUGGAAAGUAUUUAGGAGUAGCGUUCAGGGGCCUAAAAGGGAAAAAGCUGUAUCCGGUUGUUUCAGCCGUUUGGGGACAUUGCGAGAUUACUAUAAAGUACAUUGGAGGUUUGGACCCUGAACCCCUUCCUUUAAUGGAUAUAUGCCGAAGAUCUAUACGUCAAUGCGUUGGUAAACAUCAAUUACACCACGUACAAAAAUUACCUUUACCUCCACGUCUCAAGAAUUACCUACUCUAUCAGUAA